UUAAACAGAGAAGUGGAUAAUAUCCAGAAGAGCCAAAAACAAGAUUUCUGAUUACUCUUGAAAGUAACAAUUUAAUCUACUUUUGGAAAAUUUGUGUGGACAAGAUAUUUUGGUAAAUUAAAUGGUUUUGGUAAAUUAAAGGGUUUUGGUUAAUCACCCUACUGGAUAUACCUGACCCUCUACUGCCCACCGUUACAGGCUGAGGCUGGGGCUCCGUCCAGCGUGUGGGUGAACGUAGUGACUGCAGCCUCUGUGAACGACUGAACAUCACAGAUGAUGAGGAGCCUCAGAGAGCUCGUUGGUUCACAUGCUUCUCCAUCACACAGCUUUUUCUUUCUCCUUUUCUAUGUUAAAAAACAUGCCCUUUGUGUAAAUGCCAUCAUGUCCCUACUGUGCAGUUAUUUUUGAGCGUAAGGCAAGUUUGCACGGUAUCUUCUCACUCCUUACGGUAGAAACAUCCUGAACAUUUUAACUAUAUAUGGUCACACAUGAAAGCUUCUUUCCUGCACUGUGCAUUCCUUUCAUUUUAUUAGAAAGUGCUAAAGGAAUUUAAAAAGGAUCGCUGAGCCCCCAGUGCCUCCUUAAGAAUUACAGGAAUAGAAAACGUCUGGUCUGUUGUGUCUGUUAGUCCCUGGCAGUUUCUCACUGCAUUUGCUCUCAGACCACAGUUCCGAGAACAGCUCAGCUAGGUGUCAUGGGAUUGGAAUUGGGCUUCCAAGGCCCCAAGCAAGUCAGAGGAGCAAACUGAGGGUCUCCAAAUGAGUCGUGAUCUCUGAGUGGGUGAUGCCAUCGUGUUCUCUCCACAAGCCUUUACAGAUCCGUCAUAUUCGUAGCUCUCCCUGCCUCCUUCGUUCCAUAAUCACGAUCCCCCAAACACAGACGAGUGUCCACAUCCCACAUUAUGUGGACUCUCUGAAGCCACCAUUACUUAGAACAACCCCGCAGCGCUCCGGGCUGUUGCAGUCGAGCCACCAGUUGCGAAUAGGAGGUGCCGUGAAGGCUCACUCUCGCUUCUGCUGCUUCUGGCCUCACACGACACAAAACCUUUUAUCCUUUCGUUGAGUAUGAAAACGUCUCUGGCAGUUCCUUCCGAGUCACUCUGGGACGUGGAGCCCCGGGGGCUGUUUCACAGGCUUCCUCCCAGCCCUGUUCCUUUGGUCCACGCGAGAAGGGUCGCUGUAGGAAGGCUUCUCCCUGACGAGACUCAUGUCUCCGCAGACGUGUGCAACGUGGAUCACCAGAACAAGGCGGGCUACACCCCCAUCAUGCUGGCAGCCCUGGCCGCCGUGGAAGCCGAGAAGGACAUGCGCGUCGUGGAAGAACUCUUCGGCAGCGGGGAUGUGAACGCCAAAGCCAGCCAGGCGGGUCAGACGGCCCUCAUGCUGGCCGUCAGCCAUGGGCGGAUCGACAUGGUGAAGGGCCUGCUGGCCUGUGGGGCUGACGUCAACAUCCAAGACGACGAGGGCUCCACGGCGCUCAUGUGUGCCAGCGAGCACGGGCACGCGGAGAUCGUCAAGCUGCUGCUGGCCCAGCCGGGCUGCAACGGCCACCUGGAGGACAACGACGGCAGCACCGCACUCUCGAUAGCCCUGGAGGCAGGACACAAGGACAUCGCGGUUCUUCUGUACGCCCACGUCAACUUCGCCAAGGCCCAGUCUCCGGGCACCCCUAGGCUUGGAAGGAAGACAUCUCCUGGUCCCACCCACCGAAGUUCAUUUGAUUGAUAGAUGCAAAUAGCCGUCCAUUUACAUGCCACCAUUAAGCUGCUGCUUGUUCCUGUUGGGGUGACAGACACUGAAUGUAUUCGUAUCGUGCCUGAGCUCACCAGCACGCAGACGGGAGGCCUGGCGCCUGGAGCUGCGUGGCGGAAGCCGAGCCAGCGGGAGCUGGCCGCCGGGCACAUGCCGCCUCCCUCCUGGCUGUCUUCCCUCUGCGCUGGGCGUGCUUACCCCCGGCUCUGUGGCUGUCGAGUCUCUGCUCCGUUAUGUACAGUCCUAGUCUCUCCCCACCUUGCCACUGCCGGGAAGCAUCAGCUUCUCACUGGCUUGACAUUUUUUAAAAUGUUCCACAAGUAUUUAUAUUGACUUAACGUGGAGCCAUCGGAAAGCUCUCUGAAGAUUCCAUUCCAGGACGGUUUUGUUGAUUUGUGUGUGUGUGUGUGUUUACUCUUCUCAAGUAAGGCAGUGGUGAUGACUGGUCAUCAGCACCUUGGGCCUGGGCCUGGAAGGUUUCUGGUUUAAAAAUCAAAAACGGAACUCUCAAAAAGUAGAAAACUUAGGAAAGGAAGUCUUUUCAGUUGGGUUAAUCUAGGUGGAUGUAUUAUAUGACUUUUUAUAUAAAAGGUAUCUAUAUAAAAUGGACACAGUAUUUUCAACUUUUAUAUUCCAUUGAGACAGGAGGAACUACGUGUAACGUUGCCAUGUUUUUAUUAAUCAUCGCCCAAGUCCGCAUCCAAUGGCAGAGGUUGGAUCUCGUCAGAGGAGUUGGCAAUAUAUUUGCCUCUAGGGAAACACAGUGUAGUUCUCCACGUAUUUAUGGAUCCCUUUCUACCGUGUCACAUUUACUUUGCUCUUAUAUGUAUUUAAAUGUUUGAAGUGCCUUAGACUCUUGCCAUAUUUUCAAAAUAAAAUUUCAUUAAGCUCUU